CAGGGGUGGGGGAAUUACAGUGUACGCAUGUCUGAUUGCUGGGAGGGUCACAUUUAUUUGAUGAUUUCAGGGGGAGAAGGAAAUAUUAAAAUACGUAUGGUACGGUAAAAUGCAAAUUUUCCAUGCAUUUAAAAGAUAAAAGGUGAGAUGUAAAAAAAGUUCAGGUUAGGUGGGCAGAAAUUUCUUCAUUCUCCUCAGCAGGGGGUGCUCAAGUGCUGCUCUCAUUCAGAGCUCUGCUGGUUGGCCUUGUGUUUCUGACCCGCUGGGCUUGUGAACUUCUCCAGGACCACACAGGAGGACAGAAAUGUCUGAGACUGUGAUUAUGUCGACGAAGGAGUCGCAUUCGUGUAGCAGUCAGAAUGACUUGAACAAGAAAGGAAGAUACACAGAGUAGGCAACAAAUAAUGGCAGCAGCUCCGGGGGAUCCUGGGCUCUCCAAAUUGCAGUUCGCUCCCUUUAGCAGUGCCUUGGACGUUGGAUUCUGGCACGAGUUGACCCAGAGGAAGCUGAAUGAGUAUCGGCUGGAUGAAGCUCCCAAGGACAUUAAGGGCUAUUACUACAAUGGUGAUUCUGCUGGGCUGCCAGCUCGCUUAACGUUGGAGUUCAGUGCUUUUGACAUGAGUGCUCCCACCCCAGCCCACUGCUGCCCGGCUGUUGGAACGCUCUUUAACACCAACACACUUGAGGCUUUCAAGGCCGCAGAUAAGAAGCUACUUUUGGAGCAAGCAGCAGAUGAGAUAUGGGAAGCCAUAAAAUCAGGCGCUGCUCUCGAAAACCCUGUCCUCCUCAACAAGUUCCUCCUCUUGACCUUUGCAGAUCUAAAGAAGUACCACUUCUACUAUUGGUUUUGCUUCCCUGCUCUCUGCCUUCCAGAGAGUAUACCCCUCAUUCAGGGGCCAGUGGGCUUGGAUCAAAGGUUUUCUCCAAAACAGAUUCAAGCCCUUGGGUGUGCAUAUGAUGAUCUUUGUCAAACAGAAGGAGUCCCAGCGCUACCUUACUUCUUAAUCAAGUAUGAUGAGAACGUGGUGCUGGUUUCCCUGCUUAAACACUACAGUGAUUUCUUCCAAGACCAAAGGACAAAGAUAACAGUUGGUGUAUAUGAUCCCUGUAACUUAGCCCAGCAUCCUGGAUGGCCUUUGAGGAAUCUUUUGGUCCUAGCAGCCCACCGAUGGAGUAGCAGUUUCCAGUCUGUUGAAGUCCUCUGCUUCCGGGACCGCACCAUGCAGGGGGUGAGAGACAUUGCCCACAGCAUCAUCUUCGAAGUGAAGCUUCCAGAAAUGGCAUUUAGCCCAGAUUGUCCCAAAGCAGUUGGAUGGGAAAAAAACCAGAAAGGCGGCAUGGGACCGAGGAUGGUGAACCUCAGUGAAUGUAUGGACCCUAAAAGGUUAGCUGAGUCAUCAGUGGAUUUAAAUCUCAAAUUGAUGUGUUGGAGAUUGGUCCCCACUUUGGACUUAGACAAGGUUGUGUCUGUCAAGUGUCUGCUGCUUGGAGCUGGCACCUUGGGUUGUAAUGUAGCUAGGACAUUGAUGGGUUGGGGCGUCAGACACAUCACAUUUGUGGACAAUGCCAAUAUCUCCUACUCCAAUCCUGUGAGGCAGCCUCUCUAUGAAUUUGAAGAUUGCCUCGCAGGUGGUAAGCCCAAGGCCCUGGCUGCAGCAGACCGGCUUCAGAAAAUAUUCCCCGGAGUGAAUGCUAGAGGGUUCAACAUGAGCAUCCCGAUGCCUGGACACCCGGUGAACUUUUCCAGCGUCACCCUGGAGCAAGCCCGCAGGGAUGUGGAGCAACUGGAGCAGCUCAUUGAAAGCCAUGAUGUCGUUUUCCUGUUGAUGGACACCAGGGAGAGCCGGUGGCUCCCUGCCGUCAUUGCUGCGAGCAAAAGAAAGCUGGUCAUCAAUGCUGCCUUGGGAUUUGACACGUUUGUUGUCAUGAGACAUGGCUUGAAGAAACCUAAGCAGCAGGGAGCUGGGGACUUGUGUUCUAGUCACCUUGUGGCACCUGCCGACCUCUUGGGCUCAUCACUUUUUGCCAACAUCCCUGGCUACAAACUUGGCUGCUAUUUCUGCAAUGAUGUGGUGGCCCCGGGAGAUUCAACCAGAGACCGGACCUUGGACCAGCAGUGCACUGUGAGCCGCCCAGGACUGGCCAUGAUUGCAGGAGCCCUGGCUGUGGAAUUGAUGGUUUCUGUUUUGCAGCAUCCAGAAGGGGGCUAUGCCAUUGCCAGUAGCAGUGAUGACCGCAUGAAUGAGCCGCCAACCUCUCUCGGACUUGUGCCUCACCAGAUCCGGGGAUUUCUGUCGCGGUUUGAUAAUGUCCUUCCUGUCAGUCUGGCGUUUGACAAAUGUACAGCUUGUUCUUCCAAAGUUCUUGAUCAGUAUGAACGAGAAGGAUUUAAUUUCCUAGCGAAGGUGUUUAAUUCUUCACAUUCCUUCUUAGAAGACUUGACUGGUCUCACUUUGCUGCAUCAAGAGACCCAAGCUGCUGAGAUCUGGGACAUGAGCGACGAUGAGACCGUCUGAUAUGGCCCACCCUUGCGUGGCUGGCUUCUCCCUGGCCGCCUGCUGAGGAGCCCUCGGUUACUGGAGCCGGACUGCCGCCCCCAAGAUCGGUGAUUCUGGGCCCUGCGCUCCUCCAACCUUUGUGGUCUCCUCCUCUGUGUACCUUGAGGACCAGGGCCCCCUCUCCACUGCCCAGGAGCUUCUGGGGUUCUCCAUUUCUUAUGAUUCAUGAUCUUACCAGUUCUGAGCUAAAUAAUAACCUUGGCUUUGGCAUUGCCAUUGA